AUGCCAUUGCCAGUGGGCAAGCCCAUCUCCUCCAAGCCGGAGGCAGAGGCAAACAGCGACAUUGUGGUGGUGAGGGGUACGGAGGAGUACAGGAAUUUGCCCAACAAAACGCUGCGCCUGCUGCGAUACGCUCUCUCGAGCGCCAAGCAGUGGACGCACGUACUGAAGACAGACGAUGACUGCUAUGUGAGGGGCCCUGCCCUCGUAUCAACACUGCGUCUCCCGGCCGGAACAGGAAGCGAGGGUGGCUUCAGGUUCUCUGGAGUCUACACAGGUUGUUUGGAGAACAUGCAUGGCUUCUACCCGCUGCGCAACCAGGACUCCAAGUGGCACAUCUCCUACGAAGAAAUGCCUGAUGAAGUGGUGCCUUGGGCGAGGAAGUAUCUGGCUGGCUGGGGGUACAUGCUUUCCAGCGAUGUGGCGCUGCACAUCGUCCGCUGCACGCUGCGCUGGGAGAGGAGCCCUGCUGAGGCCCCUGGCUGGUACCAGGGCCUGCACUGGGAGGAUGUCCUGGUGGGCGUCAUAGCAGGGGAGGUAGUGGGGGAGGAGCCUCAGGCGCGCGAUGCGUUUGUGCCAGCGUGGAUGAGGUGCAUGCCAGAGACAGCGGUGCGGCAUCUGGAUGUGGAAGCGCCCAAAAUGUUUCAGCCCCUGUAUGAGCUGGAGAGGGGCGGCGGCUGGCAGGCCGGGGAGGUUCCCUGCACAGAGGGAAACUAUGCUGUGGGCGAGUACUGGAGCUGGAAGGGAUGGAGAGAUAGGCUGGAGGGAGUGCAGGCCCUGGGAGAAGUGGGGUAGCGUCUGCAGCGCUGAGUCAGUCAGCCACUUUAGAUUGCACACAGCCAACUUCAGGUUGAUUUGAUGACUCUGGUUUUUAGGGGCAGUUAAUGGGAUAUGUGCCGAAACAGCAUGCGUCUCUAUUAUUUAAUGAAUGUAGACUACCUGUGCCUCAAGGUUGUUAUCGGCUAGAAGGGAUUUCUAGGAAUCUCAUGUAGACUACGUCUCUGUAUACACGUCCGUCAAUAGAGAUUAUUUUGUGUUUUGCUAGUGAGGAUAGAGCUUCCUUGGCUGACCAUUGUCACUAAGGUCAUCAUGACGAGCAUCCUGAAAAUGCCCUGACUUAUUCUUUCACCACAACCAGAUUAUCCACCAGGGCUUCUUUGAAAAGAGGGCUUCUUGA